AUGUCCCCAGUGUUUGUGAUGGAGUAUUACAAGGACACCGUCUGGAAAGGCCUCCUGGGCUUCGUCAUUUCUCUCAUCGCCAGCAUCUUCUACUUCAAGACGACGUGGGGAUACCAGGACCUCUCGGCCUUCGUCAUCUUCGCCCUGGUGGCCAGCCUCUGGGUGCUGCUCAGCAACCUCUGUAAACGGCGGCUGAUCAUCAACCACCUCCGGGAGUUGUACCAGUUCUACAUCCGGGGCAUCCUGUGGCACGAGGGGCCCCUGCACCAGAUCUACGUCCGGCUGGUCGGCCAGCGAGACGGUAACCCCCCACCCCCACCCCGGGGCCCUGGCGUCUCCUAUCCCUCUCCCAGACCUCUGGCCACAAUGGAGGCCAAGAUUUCUGUCGCCAAGUGA